GGAGUUUUAGUUUGUCCGUGAAAAUAGCGCCAAAUUUCGUUCUCCAGGUUUCAUGUUAGACGAACUUACAAACCCAUACAUAGGUAGUGUUUUUUGUUGGAAUAAAUCUAAACUACACGGUUUUUAGCUGAAUUGAACUUAACUUGUCACUUAAUCUCCCUUAAGCAUGACAGUAUCUUAGUAGAAACUCGUAAAUACUGAAUAUCAAGCUGACAGAAAUAUCAGCUGUAGCCUUUUUCCAUUUGGCUAGGCUUUUAUUAGCUAGAUGUUUUCCACCUUGCAUCCAAGCCAGUUUUCUUGUCUUUUAUUUUAUAUCCACAUUCUCAACCAAUACUGGGAUGUACACUAUAUCGUAUCAGUCCCUGUCAAAUGUUUAAUACUGUUGACCGGUACUACGUUUGUGCUUUAUGUAAAAUUCUACAGUUAUUUUAAAGGUUUAAAGAUAAUUUUUUGAAGCUCCCGAGUAAAAUUAACAAAAGCCUAACCCAACAACUUUUGAGCACAGAAUGCACUUGAAAUUGACGACAAAACCUGUUGUAUCGGUUCGCGUCCAACUAGAGGCUACUGUGUGUAUUACAGAGGCAUACAGAGUAGCGUGAGUGAAGAGGGCUAAGAGGACAAGAAAAGGUAAGUCGAGGACCCAACAAACGCAUACAACACACUUACGUUUUGUAAGUAAAGCAAUAAGUAGUAACCAGCAACAACACAAUUUACAGAUUAAGACAAUGUUAAAACUAAAACUGGAGGAAGAUUGUUUAACCCACUACGCAUUACAUCCGUUAGAAAUAACAGACGUGAAAUGUGAUGAAUCUUAAUAGUCGUGCCAGGGUCUUGAGAGCAUCAUCCAUUAAAAAAAACAUUUAUAGAAGUAGAUACAUGUAUACUUUAUUAUUUAAGUUGUAAUCUAACAUGGUCCACAAACUAAUCAAUUUACUCCAAUUUUGUUUGUUUAGAUACUGAUGGAAAGUGAGAGGGAUGAGGAUUAUCCUAUCGGUGUACUUAUCGAAGAACUUCGUGGUGAAGACUUACACGUUCGUCUUCAUAGCAUUCGCAAAAUCUCUACUAUUGCCUUAGCUCUUGGCCCGGAAAAGACCAGAUCUCAACUAAUACCGUUUCUGACAGAAACAAUAUAUGAUGAAGAUGAAGUACUGCUCACUUUAGCAGAACAAAUCGGAACUCUAGUUCCAUAUGUGGGCGGUCCUGAGUAUGCCCACUCACUUCUUCCUCCACUUGAGAGUCUUGCAGCAGUUGAAGAAACGGUUGUACGUGACAGGGCUGUAGAGGCACUCAGGAAACUUGCACCAGACCAUACUACAGAAGCAAUGGAAAAAUAUUUCAACCCAUUGUUACAUCGCCUAGCUACUGGUGAUUGGUUCACAAGCCGAACCUCUGCAUGCGCUCUCUUUAGUGUAGUAUAUCCUAGAGUAAGGAGCUCAAAACGAUGGGAAUUACUUGAUUUUCUUAGGAGACUAGCCAAGGAUGAAACACCGAUGGUCAGAAGAGCAGUUGCUGCUCGACUAGGUGAACUAGCACUAGCCAUGUCAGUAGGUCAAUCUUCCGAGAAACCUAGUGCUGAUGGAGAAAAAUCAAGUCAGAUAUCUGAGCAUAAUUCAAGUAAUAUGACCACUUCUAUCACUGAAUCAAAAAUAUUAACAAAUGAAGUGGUUAGUUUGAACAGUGGUCAUUUUAGUUGUGGAGUUGCUGCUGAUGAACGUUUGACUAAUGAUAGCGUAGCUGAAAAAUCGUCAACUCUUGCAAAUCCUCUUCAAUCUGAUGACUUUACUCUAGACCCUGAGAAAGAACGCAGUUAUAUUGUUACUAUAAUUAUUCCCUUAUUUGUUCGACUAGUUGAUGAUGAACAAGAGUCUGUACGCCUUAUGGCAGUCGAAUCGAUUGUUCAAUUAGCACAAGCAUUGGGACCUGAAGAAUCUGAAGGUUAUUUAAUUGAUCUCAUCCAACAAGCUACAACUGAUAGAUCUUGGCGUGUUCGAUGUGUUGUAGCCGAUAAAUUUACAGAAAUUCAGACAGCUAUGGGUUUACGAGUUUCACGUGAACGAUUGGUACCUUUCUUCAUGAAACUACUUCAUGAUGAAGAAGCUGAAGUACGAGCAUUUGCUGCUGGAAAAGUAAAAGCAUUUGCCAAAUGUCUACUAGGUUUACCAAUUGAUGCUGAUAUAAAUACUACUAAUAAAACUACUAAUUCUGAUACAAAAGAUUGUAAAAAUUCUUCUACAACAAUAACAUUAGAUAAUAAAAUGAUGGAAAUUGAUGAGAAAUUUGAUUCAGUCAAUAAUCUCAAUGAUAAUGAUAAUAAUAAUAAUAAUAAUGGUUUAGCAUCAAAAGAUGAUAUAAUUAUGUUACAAUUAUUACCAGCAAUUAAAAGUCUUACAAAUGAAUCAAAUACUCAUGUAAAAUCUUCAUUAGCUAAUGCUAUACUUGGUUUAGCUCCAUUAAUUGGUAAAAAUUUAACAAUUGAACAUUUAUUACCUAUAUUUCUUGCUCAAUUAAAUGAUGAUAAUCCAGAAGUUCGUUUAAAUGUAAUUUCAAACUUAGAACAAGUUAAUUCAAUUAUUGGAAUUGAUCAUUUAACUAUUAAUUUAUUACCAGCUAUUAUACAAUUAGCUGAAGAUCCAAAAUGGCGUGUUCGUUUAGCUAUUAUUGAAUAUAUGCCAUUAUUAGCGGAACAAUUAGGUUUAGAAUUUUUUAAUAAUCAAUUAAUUGAAUUAUGUUUAUCAUGGCUUAUUGAUCAAGUUUAUGCAAUUAGAGAAGCAGCUGUUGAAAAUCUUGUAAAUUUAUGUAAAAAAUUUGGAUCAGAAUGGGCUAGUCAAUACUUUAUACCAAAAAUUAUCCACUUGUCACGUGAUGAAAAUUAUCUUCAUCGUAUGAUUUGUUUACAAAGUAUUAUAAGUUUGUGUAAAGUUGUCAAUCCAACAAUUUGUUGUCAGUAUUUAUUACCUACUGUUUUAUCAAUGCGUACAGAUAAUGUACCUAAUGUUCGGUUUAAAGUCGCUCAAGCACUUAGCAAUUUAGGUUCACAAUUAGAAGAGAAAAAUAUUGAAAAUGAAAUUAAAUCUUGUUUAACUCGUUUAGCUGAAGAUUCUGAUACUGAUGUGAAAUUCUAUGCCUAUGAAGCUAUGGAUACAUUGAAGAUAACAACAAGCAGUAAACCGUUUCAAUGUUAUUAUAUUAAAGUUAAACAGAAUAAUAAUGGUAAUGAUAAUGAUAAUAAUCCAGCUUAUAAUCAAACUGAACUACUGCCAUCAUCAACAACAACAGUGACGGCAACUGGAUUCGACGAAGUUGAAACUGUCGAUUCAUCAUCGUCAUCAUCACCAUCUGAACUAACCAACCAUUGUAAUAUUGAUGAUCAGUCUUUGUCGUCGCUUAGUAUUGUCAAUGAUUUGGCUACUACUCCUAUCGAAAAUACCGUUAAGGAUAAUAAUGAUAAUAAUUCGUUACUAAAAUCACAAUCUUCUACUUUAGUCAAUAAUACAAACAGUAUUGACGAUAAUGUAAAUUGUGAAAAUUAACGUCAAAAGACAAUUUCUACUAUUAUAACCCAAUAAGUUUUCUUUUUGUGUAUAUCGUAUUAUUUAUGUUAUGUGUUAAGAGAGAGAGAGAGUCAAAACAGCUGACAGUUGGUCAACAAAUAUACAAUUUAUCAAUCUACAUGCUUGUGUAUAUCUGUACGUAUCUGCCACACAAACAUACUUAUACCUGUUAAUCCUCGUGGAGGAGCACAGGCCUACUUACAUACACUCCCCCCCCCUGUAUGAUAUACACCGUAUACUGGUUAUGCGUAUUAAGUGAAGCCGUGGUGUGUAUACACACUGUUUAUGAUGAUGAGUUCGACUGAUUUUCUUUUUUUUGUUAAAACAAUUUUCCCCACUAAUUCCUGUAAUGGAUAAUAAUCGUCAUCAUUAUUAUAAUUACCAUUCUUUUUUAAUUGUGAUGAUUACAAUUUUUGUUGCCUGCAUGACAUUAAUUAAUUUUAUAUUGGUUUGUUUAUUUUCUAAUUAUUCCAUAUUUUGUAAACUGUUAGCCAUAUAUAUAUAUAUAUAUGUUUACUAAUUGACAUGAAUUGAAUCCUUAAUAAUCAGUUUGUUUGUUUAUUGUUUGAUUAAUGAAGAGAGAGGGUGUGUGUGUGUGUGAAAACUACCGUCUGAACAAAUAACACAUUAUUAUUAUUACUGCCAUGGAAUACAAGCAUUAGUAGUUAUAUUUAAAUGAUAAAGUCAUGUAUUAUACACAACUUUUAAUUUCUUUCUUUAUUAGCUUUUAUUUUUUAAACUGUUUUCUUUUGUCUUUUUCCGGGGGGUCUCUCAUAACCAUCUCAUAGUUCAUUUUAUACUAUGAAUGUAUUUAUGAAAGUGAUUAUUAGAAUCGAAUCACAUUGUUUCCUAUUUACUGUUUAUAUUGGUUUGUUAACCUUUUCAUAUAGCUCUUUAUUCUUAUAUUUGAUUAUGUGUAUGUUUACAUCAAUUUAUUACAAUAAUUACAUUUCUUUCUUUCUAUUUAUCUCUUUUGUUGUUGUUGUUGUUAUUAUUAUUAUCUAUUUCAAAGUGUGUGCCUUGAUACAUGAUCCAAAUGAUCCAUUCUCGUUUAAAAUGAAAUGAAAUGAUGAUUAAUGAUAAUAGUAUGUUUGUUGUAAUUAUGAAGAAAGAUAUUGAUCAUUG